UGCCGGGAAAUGUGGUCCCUCGGGGCGGCCGCGGGCGGUGGCCGCGAGUCCUGCAGACCGGGCGGCCAAUCGGGCGUGGGCCCGGGAUGGCCGGGCCAGGUGGCUCCGGGGCCCCGAUCGGGGCCGGGGCCCUGGCAGGUGGGGCGCGCUCCAAGGUAGCUCCCAGCGUGGACUUUGACCAUAGCUGCUCAGACAGUGUCGAGUACCUGACGCUCAACUUCGGGCCCUUUGAAACAGUGCAUCGCUGGCGACGCCUCCCGCCCUGCGACGAGUUCGUGGGUGCCCGGCGAAGCAAGCACACAGUGGUGGCCUAUAAAGAUGCCAUCUAUGUAUUUGGAGGCGAUAACGGGAAGACGAUGCUCAAUGACCUCCUGCGGUUCGAUGUGAAGGAUUGCUCCUGGUGCAGGGCCUUUACCACUGGCACCCCACCAGCCCCCCGCUACCACCACUCAGCUGUUGUCUACGGGAGCAGCAUGUUUGUCUUUGGGGGCUACACUGGAGACAUUUAUUCCAAUUCUAACUUGAAGAAUAAAAAUGACCUGUUUGAAUACAAGUUUGCAACUGGCCAGUGGACAGAGUGGAAAAUUGAAGGACGCUUACCAGUUGCCAGGUCAGCCCAUGGGGCCACAGUAUACAGUGACAAGCUAUGGAUCUUUGCUGGGUAUGAUGGCAAUGCAAGGUUGAAUGACAUGUGGACGAUUGGCCUCCAGGACCGGGAGCUCACAUGCUGGGAAGAGGUGGCCCAGAGUGGUGAGAUCCCACCGUCUUGCUGCAACUUCCCUGUGGCUGUGUGCCGGGACAAGAUGUUUGUGUUCUCAGGGCAGAGUGGAGCCAAGAUAACCAACAAUCUCUUCCAGUUUGAGUUCAAGGACAAGACUUCACUAUCAUGUGUCCCCAGGUGGACACGCAUCCCCACUGAGCAUUUGCUCCGGGGCUCCCCGCCACCCCCCCAGCGGCGCUAUGGGCACACCAUGGUGGCCUUUGACCGCCACCUCUAUGUGUUCGGGGGUGCAGCUGACAACACAUUGCCCAAUGAGCUGCAUUGCUAUGAUGUGGACUUCCAGACCUGGGAGGUUGUCCAGCCAAGCUCUGACAGUGAGAUCAGUGGGGCUGAAGUGCCUGAGCGAGCUUCCACUUCUGAGGAGGCACCCAGUCUGACCUCUGAGGAGCGGGCUGGCUUCAAGAAGUCCCGAGAUGUAUUUGGCCUGGACUUUGGUACCACCUCAGCCAAGCAGCCCACCCAGCCGGCCUCAGAGCUGCCCAGCGGGAGGCUCUUCCACGCGGCUGCUGUCAUCUCUGAUGCCAUGUACAUCUUCGGGGGUACCGUGGACAACAACAUCCGAAGUGGGGAGAUGUACAGGUUCCAGUUCUCCUGUUACCCCAAGUGCACACUACAUGAGGACUAUGGGCGGCUGUGGGAGAGCCGCCAGUUCUGUGAUGUAGAGUUUGUACUGGGUGAGAAGGAGGAGUGUGUUCAGGGCCACGUGGCCAUUGUCACUGCACGGAGCCGCUGGCUCCGCAGGAAGAUCGUGCAGGCACGGGAGCGGCUGGCCCAGAAGCUGGAGGAAGACGCAGCCCCAGCUCCCAGGGAAGCCUCUGGUGGAGCUGUGAGUGGGACAAGGCCACCCCUGCUGCACGUGUCCAUUCGAGAGGCUGAGGCCAGGCCCUUUGAGGUGCUCAUGCAGUUCCUCUACACCGACAAGAUUAAGUACCCUCGGAAAGGCCACGUGGAGGAUGUGCUGCUCAUCAUGGAUGUGUACAAGCUGGCGCUGAGCUUCCAGAUGUGCCGCUUGGAGCAGCUGUGUCGGCAGUAUAUCGAGGCCUCUGUGGACCUGCAGAAUGUGCUAGUUGUGUGCGAGAGUGCCGCCAGGCUGCAGCUAGGCCAGCUCAAGGAACACUGCCUGAACUUCGUGGUGAAGGAGUCCCACUUCAACCAGGUGAUCAUGAUGAAGGAGUUUGAGCGCCUCUCAUCCCCACUGAUUGUGGAGAUUGUGCGGCGGAAGCAGCAGCCACCCCCUCGUACCCCCUCGGACCAGCCUGUGGACAUUGGCACAUCUCUGAUCCAGGAUAUGAAGGCAUACCUGGAAGGUGCAGGUGCAGAGUUCUGUGACAUCACACUGCUGCUGGAUGGGCACCCACGGCCAGCCCACAAGGCUAUCCUGGCUGCCCGCUCUAGCUACUUUGAAGCCAUGUUCCGGUCCUUCAUGCCUGAGGAUGGGCAGGUAAACAUCUCCAUUGGGGAGAUGGUCCCCAGCAGGCAGGCUUUCCAGUCCAUGCUGCGCUACAUCUACUAUGGCGAGGUCAACAUGCCCCCCGAGGACUCCCUCUACCUAUUCGCGGCCCCCUACUACUAUGGCUUCUACAACAACCGGCUGCAGGCGUACUGCAAGCAGAACCUGGAGAUGAACGUGACCGUGCAGAACGUGUUGCAGAUUCUGGAGGCGGCCGACAAGACACAGGCACUGGACAUGAAGCGACACUGCCUGCACAUCAUUGUGCACCAGUUUACCAAGGUUUCCAAGCUGCCCACACUCCGGUUGCUGAGCCAGCAGUUGCUGCUGGACAUCAUAGACUCCUUGGCCUCCCACAUCUCUGACAAGCAGUGUGCAGAGCUGGGCGCUGACAUCUGAGGGCCUCCUCCAUGGAGAAUGCUGCUGCCUGUCUGCUUGGCCCACUGCAAAGACUGCCCUAUCCAUGACCCUGCCAAUAGUGGUCACACCUGUGGAGCCCAAAGGCGAGGGUACUCAGAGCCUCUGAAGGGAACUGGGGGAGUGUGGGGACCAAGCACCUCAUUUCAUUGAGGACACGGGGUGGAGAGUAAAGCCACCUCUCUUCUCUUCCUGGUGAGGAAGCCAGGGGUCAGUGACUAGGACAUCACAGGAGACAUACCCUGACCACCAUCCAGAAGUGGCUUUAGGAAGUUCAGUCUUGCUCCUGGGGUCUGGGUGCUUUGUGGGGAAGGGGCGUGGCAGUUAUUGUGGCACUUGGCAGUCCAUCUAGGCUGCACCCUAACCCCACCCUGUCUCCAAAGUCUGUUAUGGGCCCGUCCUCCCAGCAGGAGCUUGUGAACGGGGACUAGUGGUGUACAUCUGGUCUGCCCUGAAGAUGAAUUCUGGAGCGAUGAGCCCUGAGGUCUACGCCCAGCACACAGGGCAGUCAUGCUGGGCUGUGCCUAGGUUGGUUACACCUGACUUCCAGAGGGACUGCAGGCUCCCAGCCCACUCACAUGCAUAUCUGGAGCAGACAGAAGUCAGCAGAGAGGCCCAAGUAUUCACUGUCAUAGAUAUGCCUCCAUUAAAGCCACAGCAAUGCUACCUAUAUGCCUCACUGGCAUAGUCUCCACUACUCCCCUCUGGCCCUGAGCCUGUCUGCCUGCCUGCAGUGGAGGACCAGCUGUGCACCCCAAUGGUCCGGUAGACCCUGAACAUGGAUCAGCCAAUCCCAUCCAUGCUGUCCAUAAUUCCUGAUGCCUGUUGCCACGUAGUAACAAAGGGGAGGGCAUAUGGGAAAUAUCCAGGCUGAACCCUCGAGAGCCCUGGAGUAGUAUCUGCCCUGCCCCACUCCUGUGCAUCUGUUAGGUCCUGAGAAAGGGUUUGCUCUGCUGCCUACACUGGAGAUGACAGCCCAAAGCCUCCUCCCAUCACCCUAGGUUAGGCCCUGUGUGAAUCUAUAUUGAUAUGGGAGGCAUAGUUCUUUCUGAGAACAGGAAGAACUCAUUUUGUCCUGUUUGCCAGGAAACCAGAGCUCACCUUGGGGAAAUUACUGGCUCUUUUCCGGGCCUUAGGGCACUUUUCCUUCCUGCUUCUGCUUCAUGCAAAUAUGACCCUACCAUGACUGCAGUGUGGGCCCUAAGGUAGCUGCACACAAGUAGCUGGGGAGCCAUGGGUGACAGGCUGGGUACCUUUAGCCAAAGGUAGCAGAUCCAUUAGGCAGGCCGGGCCACCCAGCCGUCUAGCAAGCAGUCUGGUGAAAAGAUGAGCUGUAAAGUGAGGGAGAUGUGGAACAGGAGCUGCACUGAGGGACAGUCCCUGUGAGGAAGCAGGCAGCUAUGGUUACUGGAAAGGGGCUGUGGGAUUGGAGAUGUGCCACAAUAGGGUGAGCAGCCAGGGUGUGAUUUCCACAGUGUUAUCACACAAUCACCCACCCAGAUAUCCUGGAUAGUAACAUCAUCUAAACAACUCUCCUGGAGGGACCAGCUUGGAAGCCUCAGGAACAAUCUGCAAACCCUGCUCUCUGCUGACCCUCAUCACUAGCUUCUCUACGAUCUCUUUUGGACAUGAUAUAAAUAAAUUCUCACACACCAAAGGCCCUAAAAAC